AUGGGGUCUCCAGAGGGAUAUUCUCUAGCUGAUCGAGCCGUAGCAGCGGUUACGAAGCAACAGGGUCGCUGGGCUUUGCUUACUAAUAUGCAUCUCUGCCUACCCUACUUCCGCACUCUAGAUAGGAAACUUCCAACUCAUCCUCAAGGCAACUUCAAGCUCUUCAUCACGCUUGAUAUUGAGGCAUGCUCUGGCCAAGCUCUACCGGAUACCCUCAUGAAGUCGGCCCGGAUAUUGAUGUUCGAGGCGCCUACUGGUGUUAGACCAUCACUUCAGAGAAGCUACGCAGAGGUACUACUACCAGCGCGUGUCCAGAGGGGGCCAGUAGAACGGAACCGAUUACACUUCCUCCUGGCCUGGCUACAUGCCAUUGUAUUGGAAAGGGUGAGGUACGCUCCUGUUGGAUGGACCAAGGAGUUCGAUUUUUCAGAGGCUGAUCUAUCUUGUGCAGUUGAAUUGACUGAUAAAUGGUUAGAUGAGGCGCUUGAAGCAUCAUCGUCAUCAGAAGACAAUCCAACUAAGCGGAGGCUCAUCAAUAUCGAUCCGGCUAAGAUACCAUGGGAGGCUAUAAGGACCACCCUCAUCGAUGUGGUGUAUGGUGGACGGUUGGACAAUGAUACAGACCGUGAGGCUCUAACAUCAAUCGUGGAGUAUCUCUUCUCACCAAAGGCUUAUCAUAAGGAUUUCUUACUCAAUCCUGGUGCUGUGGAUGGUGAUGGGGUGCUGCUUCGUGUACCAGAUGCUCGUAAACGAGAGGACUUCCUAACCGUCAUCGACACCUUAUUCACAGGCAAACCCACACCUCAAUGGGUUGGGCUCCAGCCUGAGGUGGAGAAUUACUUGAAGGCCCGGAGAGCUGGUAGAUGCCUGGCUAUGUGGUUGCAACUCCGAUCUUUUGACGUUGACUUCUCUAUGAGGUUUGGUCGAAAACUAGCAUUAGCCCUUCAGAACGAUACAGAAGAUGCUCCGUUCAUCUCCCAUAAGCAUUUGAAGGAGAUACUCAGCCGGCAGGUUCGUGAGAUACGCUCUCUGAAUGACAUGGCCAAUAAGGAAUCCCAGGAGGCUAAUUCAAGCAAAGAGACCAUCAGAAUUAUGGACAGUCAUUUCUUUGCUACGAUGGACUCUGACGUAGAGGCUAUGCUUGCCUACAUUGGCACCAAACAAGAGGGUCUGGCCCGUAGUGUUGCAGCUCUUGUGGUUAGAGCUCAACAAGCUGGCUUGAUCGAUCAAGACAAUCAACCACCUAAUGGGAUGCUCAAUUCCACAUUGACCCAG